AUGAAGUUCACAACUGCAAUCAUUGCCACCCUGGUCGGAACCAGCACUGCCUUGUUCGACAAGGACCAGCCCUGGGGCAAGCGUGACUAUUCCUGCGUGAAUGUCUACCAGGGCAUCCCGGAUAACUCAACCGUCGUCGCUGGUCAAACCGUCAACGUGCGCUUCAACCGCAAGCCCACCGGACGCUGCACGGAUCCAUUGACUCAAUACCCCGGCGACGACUACAGCGUCUGGCUGUACAAUAACCCCGUCCGCAACAGGGAUAUUAUCUCUUUCGAUCAGUCAAUCAAGAUUACCGAUGGUAUUAAGGAGAAGGCGGGUCACGUUGCUGUCACUAUUCCCAAGGACUUGCCUCAGGUCAAGGAUGGCUCGGUUUGGUAUUUGCGGGUUGGAACUACUCUCUCAACUGCGCCUCAGAUGCCCUCCUUGUUCAACGCCGCUGGACCAUUCACCGUUACUCGCUCAUAA